AUGGCUUCCGCUGCUCAAGAAGAGUUCGACGAUCUGGUCGCCAAGAACACUGCCCGCGAGACCCUCCAUCCCGAGGACCGUGACGACCGAGACCGCGACUACGACGACGAGGACGAAGAGACGGCGUACCGCAACUCCAAGAUCGACGCCGCCAUGCGCGUACCAACCGCCGCCCCGGAGCUCAAGCUCCCUCCCGCUUCCUUUGAUAACGGCCGCGCCACGGGUGUCAAGGGCGUCAUCGCCGACGCCCGCUCCUUCCAGACGGCCCGCCGGUCAAAGUGGGUGGACCGCGCAAAGUCGGCCCGCAGUAGCAUCUUUGGCCUCGCCGGCGUGACCAGCAGCAACAACAACGUCGGCAGCGGAGGCUCCUCCAGAAGCGAGAGCGAGACGGACGAGGACGCCCGGAGCGCCGACAACUCGGACGAGGAGACGUUUCUGCAGGAAUGGCGCGAGACACGGAGGCGGGAGCUCGAGAGCGAGUCCGGCCGCGAGGUGCGCAACAGGAGGACGAGCCCGAGCGUGAGGCUGUAUGGCCGGUUAGACGAGGUCGAUGCCCUGGGAUACCUGGAUGCUAUCGAAAAGGUCCGGCGAGAGACCAAGGUCGUCGUCUUCGUUUACGACAACGAGUGCGACGUAUCGGCCACCAUCGAGUCGGCCAUCCUCCCCCUCGUCAAGGAGAACCCAGAAGUCCACUUCGUCAAGGUCCACUACGACGACAUCGAGUUCGACCCGGCCGCGGUGCCGUCGCUCCUGGCGUACCGUAAUCAAGGCGACUUGUUUGCCAACCUGACGGGGAUCAUCGAGAUGAUGCCCGACGACGACUCGUUCGACAGCGGCUCGCUCAAGCACAUCCUCCAGGCACACGCCGUUUUGUGA